AUGGCUGAUAAGGGAGUGACGAGUGCUGUGGAUGAGUUGAUGAUGAAAGAGGCGGCGCUGGCAGCAGUGAUAGAGGAGGUGCUGGACAUGCGGCACGCAUUGACAGCAGUGCAGGGGGGGUUGGCAGCGGUUAAGGGGGAGUUGGUAGUGGUUAAGGGGAAGUUGGAAGCAGUUGAAUGCGAGUUGGCAGUGGUUAAGGGAGAAUUGACGAAUCGCAAGGACGCUAAGGAAGAGAAGCUUGCUGAGGGUAGUCAGGAGUCGGGUGGAAUAGGGCUGAGAGGGAAGAAUAGAAAGAGAAAGCACGAAAUCACAGCGGAUGUUGCACGGGAGGAGGAAAGGAGAAGGGAGGUGCAGGAGUUGAAUGAGUCACGUACCGUGGAGGAACCGGCGGCCUGUGAGGAAGGGCAGAUGAUGCAAGAUCUGAAGAUGGAUGUUGAGCUGCAAGUCAGGGAGAGUGAAGGCGAUCAGAAGACGGCAUGGGAGGGGAAGCCGUCACAAGCAGGGGGAAGCCGUCACGAGCAGGGGGAAGCCGUCACGAGCAGGGGGAAGCCCUCACGAGCAGGGGGAAGCCGUCACGAGCAGGGGGGAGCCGUCACGAUCAGGGGGAAGCCGUCACGAGCAGGGGGAAGCCGUCACGAGCAGGGGGGAGCGGUCAUGAGCAGGGGAAACGGGGAAGGGGGAGGCGAGGCGGAGCAGGAGGGGAAGCGGAGGGGGUGA